GUAUCUGCAGGGAUACACCAUGAUUCAGGGACGUUGUGUUUGACGACAGAGAAAAAGAUCAGACUUUUACUCAUCAGUGAUGUUUUAUCAUGUUCUGCUGGGAGCCGCUCUGCUGAUUUGUUCCACAGGAGAGUCCUUGGUCCAUGGUCUACCACAGACGGUGCAGGUCCUGGCUGGUGGGGAUGUGAUCCUGCCCUGCAGGUUCAGCACCAGCACCAAUGAAGACUUUCCUACUGUGGAGUGGUCCAAGGAAGGCCUGUAUCCUAACGUUGUCUUCCUGUACAGGGAUGGCAGUGAGACGUACGCGAUGAAGAAUCCUGCCUUUGAGUACAGGACAAGCCUUGUAAUGAAGGAACUGAAGAAUGGAAACGUCUCUUUGAGGAUUUCUAGUGUGCAGCUGUCUGAUAGCGGGACGUACCGAUGCAUGAGGCUCUGGAGGAGCGCCCCGCGGGAGAUUACGACAGUGAAGCUAUUUGUAGGUGCAGCUUCAGAGCCGAAGCUCUCGUUUCUGUCAGCUGAGAGUGGAGGAGUGACUCUGCAGUGUGAGGCCGACUGCUGGCUGCCUGAGCCUGGGGUCACGUUUCUGGAUCAUCAGGGUAGAGAAAUCUCUGCUGAUGAACCAAGAGGGGCUCAAGAUGCCAGAGGAUGCUACACAGUGACGAGGAGAGUGAUUCUCCAUGAAGCUACAGAAAGAGUCACCUGCAGAGUUCACCAGCCUCAGAUCAACCAGACCAGAACAGCAGAGACUCUAAUACCAGGGGGCAGCGUUGGGUCCUGCUCUUCAGCCAUCGGCAUGGCCGUUGGAGGAACCCUCUUCCUUCUGUCAGCUGUCUGUGGGUUAGCUUUCCUCUUAUGGAAGAAAUAUCAAUCAGCAGGCGCUCACAAACUCACUCUGAGCAGAAGGUCAUCGUCCAGCACCAAGAGCAUUAUCCCAGAAGAUCAGCCGUUCCUGCAGGGUGUGAGGGUCCAUGGGGGCGUCAGCACUGUUGAGAAGCUCUCCCAGCAGAUGGAGGAUCUCCAAUCAAAGCUUCAAGAAACCAUCCAUCGACUGGAAAUCUACUGUAACUCUCAGCUUGUGACUUCCUCUGGAGGUCCACCGAGGAACAGUAAUCCAGGACAAACCGCCAGAAGACAUCGUAUCCACAGCAACCCUAAUGUUCUGACCUUUGCAGAGUCUGUUCCGUCUUCAGUCAGCUCCUCAAAGAAAAGAGUCAGCUUUGACGGUCCUUCACUCAGCACAUCUCCACCUCCACAUGGUCCAAAGGCUCCCAAUAUUAAGCGUCGCCAUUCCUCUGUGCUUCCACACUCGAUCAGUAAUGGUUUCAAGCUCCAUCCAGAUCUCCAAGAAGAGCAUCAUGCUGAAGGGUGGUGACAGAACAAAACUCAACAAAGCAGUAAAAAUCUGAGAGCAUUUACAAAAGAAUCUUAGCAUACGACAAAUAUUUUAGAGAUCAGCUGCUGGCAAAACUAUGGAGGUACAACUGUUUUAAAAUGGGUAAUUUCAUGUGAAAUGUCAAUCUUUUGAUUCUGAUUGAAUCAUUUGUUUUUGGUCUUUAAAGGUGCUGCAGAAAAAGUUCCAGAAAAUAGAUAAAAUCUAUUUAACACUUGAUUUUUUGUGUAGAUAAUUCAUUCUGAAACC